AUGGAGCGCGACUCCAACUCGCUUGUCAACGAGGUCCUUCGACAUAGCCUUGCGCUGUGCCGUCCUGAGAAGCUCCUCAUCGUCAUGAUUCCCGCGAUAAGGGAAAAUCGUAAGGACUGGGUAACACGCCAGCGCUUUAAAAAGCUACAAAGUACAGCCCAGGAUGUGAUAUCACCACGAGCAUGUAUCGCGACUCUGCGGAAAUCGCAGACUACGGAUGAAGGCACAUAUAACGACACAGACAACAUUGUGAAGAUUUCUAGACAUCCACGAAAGUCCAUUCCAUUCAUUGAGCAGGUUACGAGAACCCGCCCUAAAAUAAGAGGUACCAGAAAAAAUAAAAAGAGUGACACUGUUAGAGAAAAGGCCGGAAAUGAAGUCGCAAAGAGCAGCAUUAAGCUCUGA